CUUUGAUCCUGGGCGGCAGUGAGAAGCCCAAUUUGACGUAAUAAAGAAAUCUGAGCGUAGUUUGUUUACAACCAACAGAAGUGCAUGCAAAUGCUGAACCUUCAAAAUGAACAACUGAGUCGUUGAUCUAGGACAGAGGGAUGCAGGAAGAUGGCCUAUGCUAUACUUGGUGCGAGGCCUAAUUCGCAUCCGUUUCAAGAACGGAAAGUCAUUCUGAAGGAGCCUGUGAAAAUAGGGCGAGCCGUUGCAAAGUGCAAAUCAGCCCAGAACAAUCUAAUAUUUGAUUGUAAGGUUCUCUCUCGGAGCCAUGCAAUUAUUUGGUAUGAAAGUGGAAAAUUCUACAUCCAAGAUACAAAAAGUAGUAAUGGUACAUAUGUGAACAAUGCACAGGUAGGUAGAGGUGCUGAUGAUGCAGAGUCUGUUGAAAUUCGGUCAGGUGAUGUCCUACAGUUUGGCGUAGAUGUGGUUGAGAAUUCAAAGAAAGUCACACAUGGUUGCAUCAUUGCAUUGGUCACACUGAUAAAUCCUGAUGGAACAGAGGCCUUAGGAGAGCCAGACAAGCCAACUGGAAGGGUGUUGCCUUUUGUAAACGGUGAUCACAACCUACGAACUCAAGAAUUAUGGCAAUUGUCCAAGUACUUGCAGGAUGCUAUGAAUCGGGAACAACUUCUUGAACAAAAAUUAGCAACAAUGCAGCGAAUGAUUGCCAACUCAUCCGUAUCAUCAGAUGAAACAUUCCAGGCAUUCGUCAAAGAGGAUGAGCUCCUUUCGAGGCUCGAUAUUCUUGAAAACGAGUUAGACAUUAUUACAAAGGAAAUGCCCGAAGAAGACUGCCGAAAGCUUCUCCUCAGCUCCCAAGAAGAAAAAGAAAAUUAUGAAAUGAAAGCAAAGGAAACAAUUCAACGGCUGAUCGAAGAGAAGUCUGAAACGCUGCAGAAACUUACUGAUGUUCAGCGGUCGUUGAGUUAUUCCGAGGACGAAUGCACUCACUUUAAAUCGUUAUAUGAAAAGUCUGAAGACGACAUCAAAAAUUUAAUGGACCACAACGAGCAGCUAGCACAAGAAGUGCAUCAGUAUCGUCAAGAAAUCGACUCCAUUAAAGCAAGCAGCAAAUCAUAUGAAACGAAGGCUAUUGAGGAGCAACAACAACUAAAACGCGAUGUCGAGGAUGCUGAAAAAAGAGCAAGCACCCUGGCUGUGCAGAUCGAAUCCCUUCAAGCCGAAUGUGAUUUUACAAAAGAACAGCUUUCUGCUAUGAAAGAAAAACUAGAAAAACGACAAGCAGAUUUAAGCGGACCUUCAAGCGAAAAAAGCACAGACACGAGUGAGGAGCGCAUCGCCGGUGCUGCUGAACAAACCCAACUGCUAGAGAAUCUCCAAGAGAGUCUAGUCGAAACUAAACAUUACAUAAGGAAGCUGGCCUCUGAAUCAAUCAAAGAUAGGGACCUGCCGGAUUUUGAUGAUGGCCUAUUGGAGGUUGAAGAAAAUCGUGAAUCACGAUGCUCAUUGGAAUUCUGUUCAAAGUUUGCGAAGGGGAUUAAUGGUGAUCUAGCCGUUUUAAGUCGCUGUUUCGAUAAUUUGAGAAGGGAUGAAGAGGAAAACCUACUUGACCGAUUAAACAGCGCGCAGUCUGAAGUUUCCCAGGUUCAGGCACAGAUUGAAUUGCUCAACGAAAAUCUUGCAAAUGAACAAGCAACAAGUCAAAAAUAUAAAGAAUUAGCUAUGGAAUUCGAGGAUCGAUUAAAAGAACUGCAGGAACGUUUUCAAGACAAAGAAACCGUAGAUGGACGAGAAGAUAAAGAAUCUGUUUCACAGUCUGAGCAAGAUGAAGUUCAAUUCAAUAAAAAAAUGGGUUCUGUUGUCGAGGAGCAAAUGAUGCUGUCGUCGGUAAACAAAACUCCAAAUCAAGAAGAUAAUUUCGAGCAAGUUCAAUCGGAAGCUCACCAGAGUAAAGAUGGAAGUCCAAUUGGACAGGGCCAAGGGAAGAUCAAGUUUAUCGAAGAGCUUGAUAUGACUAGAACACAGAAGAAUCAGUUGCUCUACAUGUUGGUUGCACUUGUGGUCCUUUUUGUUGCCGUUGGCGCUGCUUGGAUGUUGGGUGUGAUUCAUGUUUCUACCGGCCGGAUAUUCGAUUGGAAGACAUGGAGAGAAUUUUACGAACAACUUUUCUAGGUAAAAGAUAUCAUGAGCCAUCUGUGCUAACCACGCUUACGUGUUUCUUUUUAUCGAAUUUAUUUUGUAAUAUUUUGUCUAGCUCCAGAAAUAGAACGUUAUCAAAUUUAACAAAACAGAGAGUUUAUUACUUUUUUAAUGUUUACACAA